GUCCGGUAAUCAUUUCCAACGCCCCCUCACCUUCUCUCGCCUCCGCCGCUGCAAGCAAUUCCGCCGCCACUCCUGCCGGCCGGCUCUCCGAUGGAAGCCUCGCAAUCCAAUUCCAACCCUUCCUCCUCCGCGGCGACUCCGGCACCGAACCCCAACCGCAACAGCAAUUCCAUUCUGUCGUCGGCGCCCGUCUGGCCCACCAUCGACGGCCCUCUGGGCCUGACGGAGGAAGAAUCGCUGAGCUACGCCCGCCGGUUCUACGGCUUCGGCUACGCGCUCCUGCCGUGGCUGUGGGCCGUGAAUUGCUUCUACUUCUGGCCCGUCCUCCGCCACUCCCGUUCGUUCCCCGUCAUUCGCCCCUGUAUGUGAUGAAAUCAGCUGUUGGGUUCUCAGUAUUCACAAGUCUCCUCUGCUCAUGGGCAUUGACAUUCGCCAUCGGUGGAGAACAGCUCUUCGGUCCGGUGUGGGAUAAGCUAGUAAUGUACAAUCUUGCUGAUAGGUUAGGGCUGACUGGCUGGAUCUAGAGAUCGGUUGGCAUGCAGACACACUCUCUCUGUGUGUGCUGCCUUUCUCCCAUUGUGGGAAAUUCCUUCUCAAUGUGCCCCAUUUCCCCCAUUUCAGUUCUUCCCAUGAUGUCGAUCCACAUUCCUGUUUCAUGACACUGGUUAAGUUGAUCAUCAAAACCAAUUGAUGAUAUGUUGUAUCAUACAACUCUUGAUAAGGAUUACACAUAAUGGGAAGCUGAUGUGCGACUGUGUGUACCAUUAUUCCCUGAACCUGGGUUUGUUUCUGGCUUCUUAGUCAUCUAUGUUGUACUAGUUGAGUCGUGCUUUUCGCCUUUCGUACUGGUGCAGCUCCAUGGAGACUGCCUGAGUUGUGGGAAUUACUGAAAUGAGUUUGUGCCUAUAAGCAUGUAGGUCCUCUUAUACUGCCUGAAUCUGGGUUUGUUUCUUACUUCUUUGUCAUCCAUGGCGCACUAGUUCAGUC